UGUACGGACUUUGGAAACUGCAGCACCGCCGGAAGUUCUUUCCAUGCUUUGAUUCGCGAAGAGACAACAAUUCUAAUUAUUUAGGAAUUUAACAAUUUAAUCGUUUUAUACGACACGCGAGACAUCAAUAAUGUCUGAUAACGAAGACAAUUUCGACGACGGAGAUUUCGAUGAUGUUGAAGAUGAGGAGGCUCUGGAUGAUCUGGAGAACGUGGAAGAUGAGGAUCAGGAGCACGUUCAGAUCCUGCCGGCGGGUGAAGGACAGCAGGCCAAUCAGAAGAGGAUCACCACUCCGUACAUGACCAAAUACGAGCGCGCACGAGUGCUGGGGACACGAGCGCUGCAGAUCGCGAUGUGUGCACCAGUGAUGGUGGAGCUGGAAGGAGAGACGGAUCCACUGCAGAUCGCCAUGAAAGAACUCAAGAGCAGGAAGAUCCCCAUCAUCAUCCGUCGGUAUCUGCCAGAUGGGAGUUAUGAGGACUGGGGCUGUGACGAGCUCAUCAUCACUGACUGAGACACACACACCAUCACUGACUGAGAGAUACACACCAUCACUGACUGAGAGACACACACACACACACACUCAGCAGUGUUUAAAGCUCAGAUCUCAAGUCUUCUGUUCUGGAGCUUCAUGUUUCUUCCAGCAGUUCCUCUGUUUGUCCACAGGAGGGCAGCACAAACACAUGAUAAACUCUCAGCAAAGAGGACCAGUGCAUUCUCAAUCUCAUUAUUUAUUGUUCAUUCGUUUCCGUUUUAUUCAUGCAAUAUUAAACUUUUUUUGUAGGAAAUUA